GUUUGCCGUGAGCACUGGGCGAGGCAGUGAAUACUGAGAGUUCCAUCAUUUUCCAGGAUGAACACAUGGCUCUUCCUCCCCCUGAUGCUGUUUUCCAUCAGACCCAGCACGACAACUAAUGUCACAGAUAAACUGGACAAGGAACAAACUCAGACUGAGAUAGAUGUGUUGUUGGCUACAGAGCACCCAGUCACCCACCAAGCUGUGAGGGAGCACCCAUCAGGAUCACUGACACCUGGAGAGGCCUUGGUAACUGGAACACCUCCCAGUCUGGCUGAAUCUCCAAGGCCCAGUCUGGCUGAAUCUCCAAGGCCCAGUCUGGCUGAAUCUCCAAGGCCCAGUCUGGCUGAAUCUCCAAGGCCUGAGCUACUCCAUCCCGUGGCGGCAGUACCAAGCUGCCAAAAGGCUCAGGCACCAGAGGGGCUACAGCUUUUGGGAGAGGCCAUCUCCAAGUUUGGCUUGGAACUGUUCAAGGAGAUUUUACAGGAAACCAGCAAACCCAACGUUAUCAUUUCCCCACUGAGCAUCGCACUGGGACUCGCUCAACUUAGCCUGGGUGCUGUGAACGAGACAGAGAAACAAAUUCAAAGAUCCCUGCACCUCCUGUCGCUGAACUGCUCGCACUGCACUCUGUGCUCCAGCGUGGAGAGUUUCCGCAAAUCGGUCCUGACUGUCGCCUCCUCCAUCUACAUCCAGAAAGGAACUCACAUUAAUCCCGAGUUCAUCAAAGACUCAAUGAGAUUUUACAGUUCUGAACCGCAGCUGCUGACUGGGAUAAACGCAAAGGACACAAACGCUAUUAACUCGUGGGUGCAAGAAAAAACAGGCGGGAAAAUUAAAACGUUCUUCAAUGAGGUUCCACGCAACAUUGUUCUGCUGUUGCUGAACGCCAUCCAUUUCAAAGGGUUAUGGCAAGUUCAGUUUGAUCCUCUCGCAACCGCCAGUGAUGUCUUCUACAAGGAGGAUGGGAGUUCUGUCCAGGUGGCGAUGAUGCAGCAUCCCAAAUACCCCCUCAGGAGUUUCCAUGACGAUGAUCUUCAGAUUGAGGUUGCCAGAUUAUCUUUCAAACAGAACAUGAGCCUUAUUGUUGUGAAACCAAUGGGGACCGGAAAACUCGACAGCGUUGUGUCCAGACUGAACAUCUCGGAUCUACUGGCCCACAACUUCAAGACUCGUCCAAUGCCACUCCAGAUCCCAAAACUCAACAUCAACUUUGAUGUCGAACUAAACAAAGCCUUGAAGAACCUUGGCCUGGGCAAGCUGUUCUCAAACCCUGACCUGCGCAGGAUCUCACCCAUGCCCCUGAUUGUGUCCAGUAUUCAGCACAAGGCGAUGAUGGAGCUGAAGGAGGAGGGAGUACAGGCUGCUGCUAGCACUGGCAUUGCUGUUAAUCGCUCCUUCAUGAAGUGUACUAUCAAUCGCCCAUUCUUCUUCAUCAUCCGCGAUGACAUCUCUGGAAUCCCCAUCUUCCUUGGGACCAUCAAAGACCCAAAACCACAUUUUCAGGCUGGAACUCAGGAGAAAUUGGUGGUGAAUCUUGAGAGAAUGAGGAAGGUAAAAGAGACGAUGAAUCCCAAAUGAGAUCUCAGCUGGGAUCUGUUGGCAGCAUCUGAUGUCACUCUGAUCUGGUGACAUCAGGUUGGAGUUUUUUUUAAA